AAUAACUUUUUGUGUCUGUUUCUCAUUGUUACUACAGGACUAGAAUUAAGUCUGAGGCCGGUAACAUCAACAGUAACGACAAACCCAGCCUGCCUCUCUCCUUCCACACUGAGUCCAAACCCACAGUCACUGGGUCCUGAUUGUGACAGUGGGGCCCAGUUUGCACUGCAGGAUCCAGAGAUGGCAUCUGUGAAGCUGGAAGACUGCAGUCAAACACUGGAGCUGAAUGUCAACAUUAAUGAUGAAGAAGAGGAGGAGAAGAUUGGGAAAUCUGUUAAUCAUGGAGACCAUGUUGAGACAUUCUCUACAUCCAGAGAGCAUCAGCAGGAAGAUCACAGAGCAAAGAGGUCUCACCACUGCCCACAUUGUGAGGAGAUUUUCCCAUUUCUAUCAAAGCUAAAAAUACACCUAAAAAUACACACAGGAGAAAAGCUUUACUCCUGCUCUGAAUGUGGAAAAUGCUUCAAAACAUCAACUGCGCUAAAAGUUCAUCAUGGAACACACAGAGGAGAGAAGCCUUACUCCUGCUCUGACUGUGGAAAGAGUUUCUCUCAUCGGGACACCUUAAAACGACAUGAACAUAUACACACAGGAGAGAAGCCUUACUCCUGCUCUGACUGUGGAAAGAGUUUCUCUCGACCAAGCCACCUAAAACAACAUGAACGUAUACACACAGGAGAAAAGCCUUACUCCUGCUCUGAAUGUGGAAAAUGCUUCAAAACAUCAACUGACCUAAAAGCUCAUCAGAGAACACACACAGGAGAGAAGCCUUACUCCUGCUCUGACUGUGGAAAGAGUUUCUCUCGACCAAGCCACCUAAAACAACAUGAACGUAUACACACAGGAAAAAAGCCUUACUCCUGCUCUGAAUGUGGAAAAUGCGUCAAAACAUCAACUGACCUAAAAGCUCAUCAGAGAACACACACAGGAGAGAAGCCUUACUCCUGCUCUGACUGCGGGGUGAGUUUCUCUCAUCGGAACACCUUAAAACGUCAUGAACAUAUACACACAGGAGAGAAGCCUUACUCCUGCUCUGACUGUGGAAGGAGUUUCUCUCAACUGUGCCACCUAAAAAUACAUGAACGUUUACACACAGGAGAGAAGCCUUACUUCUGCUCUGACUGUGGAAAAAGUUUCUCUCAACGGGGCACCUUAAAACACCAUGAACGUAUACACAAAGGAGAGAAGCCUUACUCCUGCUCUGACUGUGGGGCGAGUUUCUCUCGACUGGGCUCCUUAAAAAAACAUGAACGUAUACACACAGGAGAGAAGCCUUACUUCUGCUCUGACUGUGGAAAGAGUUUCUCUCAACUGGGUACCUUAAAACAACAUGAACGUAUACACACAGGAGAGAAGCCUUACUCCUGCUCUGACUGUGGUAAGAGUUUCUCUCGACCGUGCACCCUACAAAAACAUAAACGUAUACACACAGGAGAGACGCCUUACUCCUGCUAUGACUGUGGGGCGAGUUUCUCUCGUCCGGACACCUUAAAACAACAUGAUUGUAUACACACAGGAGAGAAGCCUUACUCCUGCUCUGACUGUGUAAAAUGCUUCAAAACAUCAACUGAGCUAAAAGUUCAUCAGAGAACACACACAGGAGAGAAGCCUUACUUCUGCUCUGACUGUGGAAAGAGUUUCUCUCACCUGGGCACCUUAAAACACCAUGAACGUAUACACAAAAGAGAGAAGCCUUAG